CCGAUCAGAGCAUUCUCUGCCAGCCAUCGACCCAUCCGCAGAGAAACAACUACUUUGAAAAAAAGGAAACUCGACCUGCACGUCGUGCCCAUCCUGACCUUUCUGAUUCUGCUCGCCUUGCUUGACCGCAUCAACAUCGGCAAUGCGCGAAUCCAGGGAUUGGAACGCGAUCUGGGCAUGAAAGGACACGAGUUCAAUAUCGCGCUGUUUGUGUUCUUCAUCCCGCAUAUUCUGUUCAAAGUUCCGUGCAAUAUUGUCUUGAAGGUGUCACCGUCGUGGUGGCUACGUCUGAUUUGGUUUUUAGGCAUCAUUACCAUCUGCCAGGGUGUCACCGAGAGCUUUGGAGAUUUGGAGACCUGUCGGUUCCUGUUAGGGUUCUUCGAGGCAGGCUUCAUGCCCGGUAGGUGA